AUGGCUGCUUCCUCUUUUCUUACUAUGGACAAUAGCAGAACCAGACAGAACAUGAGUGGUUCUGCUAAUUGGUCACAGCAAACCGGAAGAACAUCAACAUCGUCUCUGGAAGAUCUUGAGAUCCCAAAGUUCAGAUCUUUUGCUCCUUCUUCCAUCUCAACCUCUCCUUCUCUUGUCUCUCCUUCCACUUGUUUCAGCCCUUCUCUUUUCCUCGACUCCCCUGCUUUUGUCUCCUCCUCUGCUAACGUUCUUGCGUCUCCAACCACAGGAGCUCUCAUCACAAACGAAACUAACCAGAAAAGUAUAAAUGAGGAAGAGAAGAAGAACAACAACAACAUUAACUUCUUUGAUUUCUCAUUCCAUACACAAUCAUCAGGAGUUGUUUCUGCUCCAACCACUACAACAACAACAACAGCGACAACAACAAACAGUUCUGUCUUUCAAUCACAGGAACAACAGAGGAAGAACCAGUCAGAUCAAUGGAACCAAAACGAGACACGUCCAAACAACCAAGCUGGAUCUUACAAUGUAAGGGAGCAGAGGAAAGGAGAGGAUGGUUACAACUGGAGGAAAUACGGACAGAAACAGGUCAAAGGGAGCGAGAAUCCACGGAGUUACUACAAGUGUACUUUCCCAAGUUGUCCAACGAAGAAGAAAGUUGAGAGAUCUUUGGAAGGUCAGAUCACAGAGAUUGUGUACAAAGGAAGCCAUAACCAUCCUAAACCUCAGUCCACAAGAAGAUCAUCAUCUUCUUCUUCCACGUUUCAGUCAGCUGUGUACAACAACGGCUUAGAUCACCAUGAUAGUUCCAAUAAUAGCUUCCAUCACGCUGAUUCCUUUGCAAUCCAACAAGAUGAUAAUAAUACCACUUCUGGUUCUCUUGGAGACGAUGAGUUUGAGCGAGGCUCAUCUGCUAUAAGCAGAGAAGAAGAAGAUUGUGGGAGUGAGCCUGAAGCCAAGAGAUGGAAAGGAGAGAGUGAAACAAAUGGGAAUGGUAAUGGAAGCAAGACAGUGAGAGAGCCGAGAAUUGUCGUGCAGACAACAAGUGACAUCGACAUUCUUGAUGAUGGUUACAGGUGGAGAAAAUACGGCCAAAAAGUCGUCAAGGGAAACCCAAAUCCAAGAAGCUACUACAAGUGCACAACCAUCGGUUGUCCAGUGAGGAAACAUGUCGAGAGAGCAUCACACGACAUGAGAGCGGUGAUCACAACCUACGAAGGGAAACACAACCACGACGUACCUGCAGCUCGAGGUAGCGGUUACGCCACAAACAGACCGGCGCAAGACUCUGCAUCAGCGCCAAUCAGACCAGCUGCUAUUACUGGUCACUCCAGUUACACUACUUCUUCUCAAGCACCAUAUACACUUCAGAUGGUGCAUAACAACAACAACUCUAAUGCUGGGAGUUUUGGUUACGCUAUGAACAAUAACAACAACAACAACCUUCAAACGCAACAACAGAACUUUGUUGGUGGUGGUGGUGGUGGGUUCUCUAGAACAAAAGAAGAACCAAACGAGGAGUCAUCGUUUUUUGAUUCGUUUAUGCCUUAG